GAAAACAUAGAACUAGUCAAAAAACAAAAGAGGAAAAGAAAACAUCAUAUCUCUCAAUCUCUCUGUUUUCCCAUGCGUGUUUGAGGAGGAUUCUGGGAGGAGUGUUGGAAGCCUGCAUUUCUGGUUCUUGCUGAGAGGUUACUUUUGACUAAAACAAUGUUUGGGUUUGGGAAGAAACCUCCUGCUUCUGCAAGUGCAAGCCCUAUGCAGUCUGCAGAUGAACCUCCAGCUGCAAGGAGGACAUCUUCUGAGCCAAAUCUCAACUUUGAUGACAUGUCUGUGCAAGAGCUGGAGAAUUAUGCGGUGAACCAGGCUGAGGAGACCACGAAAAGCGUCAACAACUGCCUCAGGAUCGCGGAGGACAUUAGACAGGACGGGGCGAAGACCCUCGAGACGUUGCACAAGCAGGGGGAGCAGAUUCAUAGGACUCAUGAGAUGGCUGUUGAGAUGGACAAAGAUUUGAGCAAGGGGGAGAAGUUAUUGAAUAACCUUGGGGGAAUGUUUUCCAUGCCAUGGAAGCCAAAAAAGACUAAGGAAAUCACAGGGCCUAAGACUUCAAAAGAUGAUAAUAACCACAAAGGAAAGAAAGGUACUAAAGAGCAAAGGGAGAAGUUGGGACUCAAUACCAAGGGGAAAUCGGCACCGACCACGCCUCCUAAUGAACCGCAGAAUGCUAUGCAGAAAGUCGAGAUGGAGAAGGCAAAGCAGGACGAUGCACUCGAUGAUCUUAGUGACAUAUUGGGUGAUUUGAAGGGAAUGGCUACUGAUAUGGGAACGGAACUUGACAAGCAAAACAAAGCUCUAGACAAUCUCGACACGGAUAUAGACGAACUGAAUUCGCGUGUCAAAGGCGCCAAUCAACGCGCUCGCCAUCUCCUCGCAAAGUAAAGCGGACGCGGAUCGAGCUCUAUCAUCGCCAUAUCCGCUUUCCUGCACACCCGAAACCUCUACAUACAUAUAUACAUACAUACAUCCACUAACUCACUGCAUUCCUUUAGCCUUUCUAAGCUAGUUUUUGUCUUCUUGUAUUUCAAAAGUUCGGUUCCCAUUUUUAGAUUUUGUUGUAUCUAUUGCUUGUAUAUCAUGAAUUGAUUGUUUAGCCUCAAUAAAAUGAGGAUAACAAAAACAAAACACUCUUUCUAAUACCUUAAGUAACACUCCCUAUUUCCCAUGUUUUAAUGUGUUUUGUUGUAAUUAAUGUUUAUGAAACUUUGAAUAUUAG